AUGGAUGUAGAGACAGUAUUUAAUCCAGAAGCCUGGCUACUAAGAUUGGAAAAUACAACAUGGUUUAAAGGCUCACUUGGCGACAAAGACGAGCUGGAAAAUGAAAAGACGAAUGAAACAGAAAAUGGCAAACGGCGAAAAAGGAAGAAGUCGAGGGAAGACGAGAAAAUGCAAGGAGAAAAAUGGACAAAGGACGACUUUCCGAUUUAUGAGGGCGCUAUAGAUUUUAAAAAAUUUGUCAACUUGAUGGAAAAACAGCGAAGUAUGAUGCAGGACGACGAGGCCGCCAUGUUGUUCACUGUAUUCGAUUCUGACCAUCGUGGCUUCAUUGAAGGAAAGACAAUCAAGAGAUCGCUGCAUUUUCUUGAAGAUGUCCCCACCGACGAGAUAAACGAAAUACUGGCGAUGACAAAACUUUCGGAUGACCGAAAGAUAACUAUGGAAGAGUUUGUGACCAACUUUCUUUCACCUCUGAUACUGAAGGAAGAGAACAGUGAGAUGCUCUGAUCUGGCAUGUGCAACUGAAAAGCAAAAGUCUCUAGUGUUUAGUUUUUCUUUUAUUUAACUUUAUAAUGCUAGAAAUACCCCCCAAAAAAUUGGAAUGUUUUAAGCUAUUUUGAAAAAGUAAAACGUUGAGUAAUCUACGAUGACGUGAGUAGCCCAUAGAGCGAAAAUUGUCUGGCAUUUUGGUUUAGUGAAUUAGCUUUCUUUCAAAACAUUUAUUUCAAUAAUAUUUCUUAAUGGAUAGAUUCAAGUGGGAGAGAGCUUUUGCUUUCAUUUUAUUUGUGUAAUAUAAACAACAUUUUUGGUAGAUGCAAACCCUGUUUCUUGUAGCAAAUUGAUUUUUAUUCCUAGCAAGAGAUGAAGACACUCUGUUGGACAUUAAAGAACUUGAUUCGCACAUUAGGUAUUGUGAGAACUCAAAUAAUGAAAAUUUUUUUUAAGUAAGAAGUUAAAUGCUAUAGCAAUGUUUCAUUAAUAAAAUUCAAUAAAAUAGAGGGUCGAAAUA